GAGCCGAAGAUUUCGGCUCGGUCAUGUGAUGAGCUGUGUCCAAUCACAGCUGAUCUCAUGUAAAUAGGGAAAUGCCAGUUAUCGGCAUUUCAGUCCUCACUAGCCAUCACGGGGACAUGUGCACUGAUCAUCAGGGCACUGAUGAUCAGUGUGCCCUGAUGAUCAGUGUAGCCCCAGAAGUGCCACCUGUCAGUGUCCAUCAAUGCCAGCUGUCAGUGCUCAUCAAUGCCACCUGCCAGUGCCCAUCAGUGCCACCUGCUAGUGCCCAUCAGUGCCACAUAUCAGUGCCCACCAGUGCACAUCAAUUCCACAUAUCAGUGCUCAUCUGAGCUGCCUUUCAGUGUCACCUACCAGUGCCAGUCAGUGCCACCUAUCAAUGCCAGUCAGUGCCACCUAUCAGUGCUGCCAAUCAGUGCCACCUAUCAGUGCCAGUCAGUGCCGCCUAUCAGUGCCAGCCAGUGCUGACUAUCAGUGCGCAUCAGUACUGCCUAUCAGUGCCACCUAACAGUGCCAGUCAGUGCCACCUAACAGUGCCAGUCAGUGCUGCCUAUCUGUGACAGUCAGUACCGCCUAUCAGUGCCAUCUAUCAGUGCCGCCUAUCAGUGCCAUACAUGA